AUGUGUUUCUGGACAAAGUUUUCAAUAUUUUGGAUGCCAUUUUUGCUUCUACUCAGCCUUGUGGUAGAAACUCAGCUGGAAAAUCCCUCAACCCAGGGCAGCAGUAGCACUUGGAGUCCAGGCUAUCUGUCAGAUGUACUACGAGUUCUCUCUGCUGGUGACCACCCACCCCUGAACCACUCAAAAAGUCUCAUGAAAACACUGUUGGAGAAAACUGGGUGCCCACAAAGGACAAAUGGAAUGCAAGAAGAUUGCAAUCUGUGCUUUGAACCAGAUGCUCUGUUACUAAUAGCUGGAGGAGAUUUUGAAGAUCAGCUCAGAGAGGAAGUGUUCCAGAAAGUUUCUCUUCUCCUCCUCUAUUACAUUAUUCAUCAGGAAGAGAUCUGCUCUUCAAAGCUCAACAUGAGUAAUAAAGAGUAUAAAUUUUACCUACACAGCCUACUCAGCCUCAGGCAGGAUGAAGACUCCUAUUUCCUUUCAGAGAAUGAAACCGAAGAUAUCUUGGCUUUCACCAGGCAGUACUUUAACACUUCAAAGAGCCAGUGUAUGGAAACCAAACUCCUUCAGGAAAAAUCUGGAAUACAAAGUAGCAAAGGUGCUGAUGAAAAAACACUUCCUCAGUUGGCUGCGACAAUCAUUGCUUUGUCCCUCCAAAAUGUUUGUCUAGGACAAAUAAACUUGCCUUCUUCAGACUAUUUUACAGAAUAUAUUUUCAGUUCCUUGAACAGCACAAACACUCUCCAUCUAUCGGGGUCCAUUACAUUUGGGACAAUCACAGUAAUUUCCCCUAUCUCCAGAUCUUCAGUUAAUCAUGUCUAUAAAAUUCCUUUUGCCAUGACUUGCUUCUCUGCUAGGCAGCUGGUGGAGAUAUUUUUACAGAACAGCCAUUCACCCAUUUCUAAGGAGGACUUUAAGCAAAUGAGUCCAGCAAUCAUCCAGCAACUUCUCAGCUGCUCUUGUCAGCUGCCCAAGGACCAACAAGUAAAGCCACCACCCAGCACUCUGGAGAAAUACGGCUAUAGCACAGUGGCUGUGACACUCAUCACAUUGGGCUCCAUGCUUGGGACAAUGCUGAUCCUUUUCAACAGCUGUGAAGAGAACUACAGGCUUAUUUUACAGCUGUUUGUGGGCUUGGCUGUUGGGACACUUUCUGGGGAUGCUCUGCUCCACCUUAUCCCUCAGAUUCUUGGUUUAUAUAAGCAUGAAGCCUCAGAAUUUGGACAUUUCCACGAAAACAAGGGUCAUAUUUGGAAACUAUUGGGAUUAAUUGGAGGCAUCCAUGGCUUUUUCUUAAUAGAAAAAUGUUUUAUUCUUCUUGUGUCAUCAAAUGGCAAGCAAGAUGUGUCUUUGGUUAAUGGACAUGUGGGGCGUUCUCACCAUCUUGUGCUGGACUCUGAGCUAAGUGACCAGUCAGGCAGAGGCCAAUCUACUUCAACUAUCCAGCUGAAAAGUCCAGAAGAUUCACAAAUGGCUGAAAUUCCUUUAGGCAAUCUGACAGCUUUCAACAGGAAAUGCAACACCAUUAGCUUGUUAGCAAUAAUGAUACUGGUUGGGGAUAGCCUGCACAAUUUUGCAGAUGGCCUAAUGAUAGGAGCAGCCUUCUCAUCUUCAUCUGAGGCGGGAGUGACAACAACAAUCGCUAUCUUGUGUCAUGAAAUUCCACAUGAAAUGGGUGACUUUGCUGUUCUUUUAAGCUCUGGACUUUCCAUUAAGAUUGCUAUUCUAAUGAAUUUUAUAAGUGCUCUGACUGCAUUCCUAGGACUCUACAUUGGGCUCUCUGUAUCGGCUGAUCCAUGUGUUCAAAAUUGGAUCUUAACAGUUACUGCUGGGAUGUUCUUAUAUCUAUCUUUAGUGGAGAUGCUUCCUGAAAUGACUCAUGUUCAAACACAGCGACCCUGGUUGAUGUUUCUCCUGCAGAACCUCGGAUUGAUCUUAGGUUGGCUUUCUCUCUUACUGUUGGCUUUAUAUGAACAAAAUAUUAAAAUAUAA